UCUAUCUUUAAUGGAACUUGAAUAUUUGAGCUUGUUGGAUUUGAGCAAUAAUGACUUCAAGGCUAUCCAAUAUAAUUCAAUGGGUAGCAAAAAAUGUGAUAACUUGUCAAGAGGUACACCACCCCAUCAGUGUGGAAACUCCUCCAACCUCCUUUAUCUUGAUUUAUCAUUAAAUUCUGAUAAUCUCAUUCCUAAUCUCCAUUGGAUAUCCCAUCUUUCUUCCUUGCAAUAUCUUAAUCUUGGUGGUGUUGAUCUUCUUCACAAGGAAAUUGAUUGGCUUCAGUCAGUGAGCAUACUCCCUUCACUUGUAGAGUUACACUUGGAGAAUUGUCAACUUGAAAACAUCUAUCCAUCUCUUCAGUAUGCUAAUUUUACUUCACUUCAAGUUUUAGAUCUUGCUUACAAUCAUUUCAUAUCCGAGUUGCCUAGUUGGUUGUUCAAUCUCAGUUCUCACAUCUCUCAUAUUGACCUUAGUCAAAAUAGUAUACAUGGCCAACUAUCUAAAAUAUUGCCAAAUCAUGGAAGAAUAAAAUCCUUAGUUUUGUCCGAUAAUAAUCUGGAUGGACCCAUUCCAGAUUGGAUAGGGCAUCUUGAACAACUACAAAAACUUGAUCUUUCUGAUAAUGCAUUUUCUGGUCCAAUUCCCACAAGUUUGGGAAAUCUAUCAUCCUUGAUUGUACUGAAUCUCUAUUCAAAUCACUUGAUCGGAAAUCUUCCAGAAAGUCUAGGGAAACUCUUCAACUUGGAUGCCCUUCGAGUCCAUGAAAAUUUCUUAACAGGAAAGGUGUGUGAACAAAAUUUACUAUUUCUUUCAAAUUUAAAGCGCCUUUGUUUGAGCUCGCCGGCCUUAGUCUUUGAUUUUGAUCCUGAAUGGGUCCCUUCGUUUCAACUAAAAGCUAUCUGGCUGGGAUAUGUAACUGGGAAACUUCCUUCAUGGCUAUUUACACAAAGUUCUCUCAAAAGUCUAACCAUUACAUAUUCAAGUGCUUCAUUUGAACCUCUUGACAAGUUUUGGAACUUUGCUACUCAACUUGAAUUUUUGUCUCUUUCCUACAACACAAUCAAUGGGGACAUGUCAAAUGUGUUGCUAAACUCAAAAUUUGUUUGGUUGACUUCCAAUAAAUUGGGAGGUGGCUUGCCUCGAUUAUCAUCUAGAGUGGUUGUUUUGAAUUUACGUAAUAACUCUUUGUCUGGGCCUAUUUCUCCUCUCUUGUGUCACAAAAUGAGAGAAGAAAGUCAAUUAAUGUCGUUAGCCCUGGCGAACUCACAGAUUGUUGGAAUAACUGGAAAUUGUUGCAUCAUGUUGAUUUGGGGAAGAAUAACCUAACUGGCAAGAUUCCUCACUCAAUGGCCUCCUUGUCUAAUCUCCUUUCAUUGCAUUUAAAUGGCAAUAAGUUCUUUGGAGAAGUACCUUUGUCACUAAAAGAUUGCCAGAACCUUUGGGUCCUUAAUUUAGGUGAAAAUAAUUUCUCCGGAGCUAUACCAAGCUGGAUAGGGAGCGCAAAAGCUCUUCGACUGAGCUCAAACCAAUUCAAUGGCAAUAUUCCCACACAGAUAUGCCAACUUAAUUCACUAAUGGUCAUGGAUUUUGCAAACAAUACAUUAUCAGGACCAAUACCCAACUGCCUCCAUAACAUCACAACCAUGCUUUCUGAUCAUGCUUCAAUUGGUAAGUUCGGCAUUAGUGUUCAAUUAACUGGUUUCACAAUAUACAUGGUUGUCGUUAUUAUGUUGCCCAUAAAAGGCAAUGAAUUAGAAUAUCAGAAUUUGAUGUAUGCUAUUGAUCUUUCAAGCAACAAUUUGUCUGAAACAUUGCCUUUAGAGAUUUUCAUGCUGACUAGAUUGCAAUCAAUGAAUUUGUCCCGUAAUCGGUUAGUAGGGACGAUACCAGAUGAAAUUGGAAACUUGAAACAGUUGGAGUCCAUUGAUCUCUCAAGCAAUCGUCUCUCGGGACAAAUUCCACAGUCCAUGUCUGGUUUAUCUUUUCUUGGUGACUUAAACCUGUCCUUCAACGAUUUUAUGGGCAAAAUUUCAUCAGGGACCCAACUUCAAGGUUUCACAAAUCUUAGUUAUAUGGGUAAUAAUGAACUUUGUGGACCUCCACUUACCCAGAUCUGCCAACAAGAUGAAAAAUCGCAUAAUACAAAACCCAUGGGAGAAGAUCAUGAUGAUGAUAAAUCUGAAGUAUAUUCAUGGUUCUAUAUGGGCUUGGGAAUUGGAUUUGCAUCGGGAUUUUGGGGAGUUUUUGGUCUCAUAUUAUUCAACAGGAGAUGCAGGCAUGCUUAUUUCAGAUUUCUUCAUCGACUGUAUACCAUGGUGAUUCAAAAGAUGAAUUCCCUUUAUUGAAAUCUAAGAGAUUGCAACUGUGGUCCUUGAUGUCGAUGAUUCGACAAGUUACUUCACCUAGAGGUUGUACAAGAGGCCACAAAGUUGCUUUUGUUAUUGAAGAUAUACAAAAUACAAAUAAGAAAAGUGGCUUGUCGGUUAUUGUUUUUAUUUAGCUCAUUGGAAACACCUCUAUUUCCUCUAUAGAACUUGUGUUGUGUGUUAAGUUUAUAAUUUUUCUUUAUAUAUACUAAAUCAUAAUGAAGAUGCUUUUAUGCUAGUUCGAUUAUUUAGCACAUCAUGUUGUAUCUAUGAAUUUGUAAUU